AUGCCAACAGAGUUCAAAUUGAAAUCGUUGGCCCCGGGUCCGCCCUCGGGUACUAUUCUGCAACUUCAAGGAAAACUCUCUUCAGUUAACCAAGAAACAUUAUCACAUUCAAGCACUUGUUAUAAGCGAAACGACUAUUAUCACAACACAUGUAUAGAAAUGCUAAGAAAUGGCUAUCACAAAGCAUAUUCUGAAAUGUUCAAUCUGAUCGAGAAGCGUAAGCUAGAAAUAAUCGCAGCUGGGCCUGGAACGCUGAUGUCGCUCGCCCCUGUCGUUCACGAAAAUAAAGAAUACUUGGACACAUUCAAGGAGAAGCUCACUGCGGCCGAAGAGGCCGAGCGGAAAAGCGAGCAAGUCAAAGUCUACUCAAAUAUUUCCGAAUUGGCGCUUUACUUCAGCGAGCGGAAACUCACCUGGCUUUCUCAUCACUUCUUCGAUAGGGCACUCGCCAUUGCGUCUGAGAUAACUGUGGAUUCUGGUAAAAGCCUUUGCGAAGCAAGCGAGCGGUGUGGUUUGGCCUGUGAGUCUCGCGGUGAAAUCGACGCGUCUCGGAGCCACCUUGAAAAAGCGGUGAGCCUGUCGCACGGACGGGGAACAUGGAAGACAGCACAGGGCGACACGUGGAAUCAAACAUCGUCGUUUCACCUUUCUCGCGUGCUCAGACUCGUCGCCGAAAAGGACAGCUCAAUCGAGAGCCAACUACAGCUACUCGAAAAGUCAGUGCUCGCCGCGGACACUAGCAAAUAUGAAAAAACAAUCUCAACUGCCAAUUACCACUACGGACACAAGUUAUUCCAAGCAAAAAUGUACAAAAAUCACGUCAAAUUCUUGAACGCGGCCUCGAAAACGCCCUUAUUAUACAGAAUGGGCGGGCAAUGCUCCGUGGAUGCACUUUCGCAAAUGUCACUACUUUACAACGCGUACAAAAAGCACCCUCAAGCGACGGAACUCAUCCAAAAAGCCUACCAUAAUUGUGAGGAAGCAAAGAAUCGUGAAAGAUCGACGCGUGUAGCAGUCGGCACUGUAGUUGGAAACGAGCAUCUACUGGAGUACCGCCGUCAACUGUCGCUAGCUACCAAGAACAAAAAGAACGUUCGCAUUUUGGUCAACUGGAAGAACCUUGGAGAUCUGCAGACUCUGCAGCCUGAUAAACAGCAAAACUGA